GUCCUGGUUAUCGUUGGUGACCGCAUGGAGGGUCCUGGUUAUCGUUGGUGACCGCAUGGAGGGUCCUGGUUAUCGUUGGUGACCGAUAACCAGUUGUAUAGAAUUGUGAGUGGUGUCAGUAAUCCUCCAUAAAGGGGCAAUCCAUGCCCUCCUGUGUGCUUCUAAAUUAUGGAUUACCAAUGUGCAGAGGAUGACCUUUAUAUCAGGUUCUGCUAACGGAUAGAGUUGGAGACCAUGCCUUAUUUGCACGGAUUUCGACGAAUUAUCUUUGAGUAUCAGCCUCUGGUCGAUGAAAUUCUUAGGGUUGUAGGAUUACAGGAACCAAACGGGGAGGCUGGUGAGGAAAGUCGUACCAGCGAGAUUCCUGUGACUGCGACAGACUCAGUGGCACUGCAAAGACUGCUGGAGAGGGAGGCACAAUCACCCUUCUACGAGGAAGCUAUCAGCUAUGCGUUGUUCAAAGUGGCUGAGGCAGGUCUGGUCACUGCAGCUGAGAAACUGCUGACACAUGGAGCUGACCUCAACUUUGAAGAUCCUGUUACAUAUUACUCAGCCUUGCAUGUAGCAGUCCUGCGCAACCAGCCUGACAUGGUAGAACUGCUAGUUCAACACGGAGCAGACAUCAACAAAAGGGACCGGGUUCACAACAGCAGCCCACUAGACCUGGCGAGUGAGGAGGUGGAACGUUUGCCGUGCUUGCAGCGGCUUCUUGAUCUCGGUGCCAAUGUGAAUGGAGUUGACAGGACCGGAAAAUCAGCCUUGCUGCAUGCUCUGGCCAGCAGUGAUGGAGUACAGGUGCAUAACAUAGACAACAUCAAGCUGCUCCUUGAAAGGGGUGCAGACGUGAAAGCAAUCAUGAUGGAUGGUGACAAUGUCUUCACAUUCAUUGUCUUCCUUCUGGGUGAGACAGAAGGUAGAGACCAGGAAGAGGCUGAAACCCUCAGGCGCUUCUGCUUGCAUACCACCCAGCUGCUGCUUGCCCACUCUGCUAAACCUGAUGCUUGUCAACCUGAGGAUUCCCUCAUCUACACCUGCAUUAAUCAGUUUGAAGUCCAUCUUCCAAUCAUACAAGUUCUCCUGGACUCUGGAGCUUCCAACCAUUGUCCCGACCAUGGCCCUUCCUGCUGGUCCGGAUUCACACUUCUCUUUGAGAGACUGCGCACACUACUAAAUGGACCAGAAUCUGGAAUUACACAUCGAGAAGCCUUGCACCGAGCAGGAGUGGCCUUGGAGCUAAUGUUGGGCAAUGCAACACGUCCCUGGCUGCCUCUAGGCUGGGAAAUCAAACCUACAGCCUAUUCCAUCUACACAGACCAAGUACUUGCAUUGUCCAGGCCCCUGAAACUACUGGAGCUUUCUCCAGCCUCACUGAAGCAUCUGUGCAGGGUGGACAUUCGACGACUUCUAAGACCUGUGCCUUUGGAUCCUAAGGUGAAAGCCUUGCCUCUGCCAGACCGAUUGAAGUGGUUUUUGUUGAUGGAAAAUGGCAAGGAUGAGGAGGAAGGUGUGCAGCAAUAAUGACAGAGGGCAACUUGGCAGUGAUUGAAAACUAGUCAUUGUCUGGGGCAGGGUUUUGUUUUUACAAUUUGGGUCUGAAAUGGAUAAUUUUCAGAACCCAGCACCAUUUGACUGCUUGAACUGAUUUGUGAUAUGGGACCACAAGCAGAUUUGUGGAGCAAAGUGGAGAAAAAUGUCCCCCUGCUGACCUUUGUACUCGUUGUAUCUACAGAUGGACUAGUGACAUCGAGACAUGGAUGAUCAGUACUGUACCACAGCUUGCAUUGGCCGCUGUGCCAGUUUGGUGACUUUAAUUUUUCUGCAGCAACAAAUUGAAAUCUUAACUGGUAAUCUAAAAACUUCUAUGUUUUAUCUAAGAUUCCAUGCUUUAUAUGAGAGAUUCGACGUUACACUUUAAAUUCUAUACUUAACCAAAAAUAAUUAUGUGGAGUAAUUCCCACAAGUAUGCUAUUCCAUUGUCUUCCAGUUCAAAUGAUUAUAAAUGGGAAAUGUGUGGGCAGAUGAACUAUCCAGUACUGAGAAAGUUGAACUUGCAUUCUCACAAUUGGACUAAACUGGUGCUCAGUGCCAGGGCAGUGGGGCCAACAAGAAUUGUUGGAGUCCUGUCCUUUAGCUAAGACAUUAAACUGAGAUCACAUCAGUCCUUUCAUUGGUCCUUCAUCCAUUCAGAGCAUCAUGUGUCUUUGUAUCUGUCCUUGUUAACAUUCCAACCAGCCACAAAAAUAGGUCAACAUCUUUGGUGUUAAUGAGAUCUUGCUGUGCAUAAAAUGUCUGUGUUUUCCAACACAAUUACAAGUUUCUGAACUGCAAAACCAAGUUGCUGUACGUGGCACUUUGCUUUUAUACAGCACUCACCAUGUGUCAAACAAUCUGCUGUAACAAAGAUCUAUUGCAUAACAGGCCAAAUGUGGAAAUAUCCAAGUGAGAACCCAGCAAUUUGAGUAGGAAUGAGACUGUAGAAGGACUUGAACUUCUCCUUACUAUGUAUUUAAGAUGCUGGAAAGACGUUCUUCUAUAGUUCUUUCAGGUGUGACUUCUAUCUAUUGUUCUCAUAGGAGUUAAAUCACCAAGGCUCUGGCUGGCUCAUCUCUCCCAUCCUGUGGGUGGUGAUGGGAUUAGACAGACAAGGGGUAUACCUGCCUCUAUCACCCUUUAUCCUGUAUGUUGUCAAGUCUACAGGGAGACCACGUUGCAAUAAAUGUACAUUUGCAAGUGCAAAGAAUGUUAAGCAACCUUGCCUUUCUGUUGAGGACAGUGAACAUUUGUAAACUCAAUGUCAGUAAUACACAUUUCCCAAAUGAAGACAAGAAUUAGUUUAAAUCCA